AUGUCGGUUUGUAGCUGUGGUUUCUAUCUUGCUGAACAGCUUUUUCCGCUGCAUUCUUCUCGCUUGACCGUCUUCUCUCUCUCUCUCUCUCUCUCUCUCUCUCUCUCUCUCUCUCUCUCUCUCUCUUCUGGAGAGGUUUUAUCUAAUCAGCGCCAAAUAAAUAACUUCCUUAGUAUUGUUCCUUGUAUUCUUGAACUUUUCGAUACAUUUUCUUCUCCUUUUCACUUCAUUCUGUCAAAAUGGAUAUUCUUUUUUCCUUCACUUCUGGACUUUCACUCUGUAAUCAUAAUUAUUUUUAAUUAUCUCUCUGAACUUACGACUUUAUUUUUCUUUCGUUUUAUCCUUCUUUCUUUUGUCUUUCCAACACUUUCUUUUUCUAUCUCCUUUACCUUCAUUCAUUCACUCUGUUCUUUUUCCUCAUAUGUUUCAAUUUUCAGCCGAGAGUCUUUGCAAUUUCUUCCUUCAUAUCUCUCUUCUUCGGUUCGACUCAUGUACAUAAGCUCCAUUUAUUUUCUCUUCGGGAUAACACGACGCUAUGCAGACAAGCACGCAGAUUUAUUCUGUCUAUCGUUCGAUAUCACUCUUUUCUUAUCUAUCUAUCUAUCUAUCUAUCUAUCUAUCUAUCUAUCUAUCUAUCUCUUUUUUUACAUUCACACUCUCUCUAUUUAUGACUCUUUCUUUCUCCUUUUCACGCACUCUACUUCUUCUCUUACUCACCUUCUCUGGUCUCAUAAUCUCUCUACCUCAUUCACUUCUCUUUCAACAUAA